UGGGCCUUGGGGGCUCCGCGCCUGGAUGUGAUGUUGACAUUUUAUGUUGCUUUAACCGCCUUUACUUUCUGAGCUAGGGGCUGUCUCCAUCCAUAGCAAAAGUGUAACUUUGUUGUAGAUGAGCGUAAGCCUCACCCUGGAGAGCGCUAAACAUGUUCUUUUGUAAGUGCGUUUGGCAAGAGAAGAUCCACUGGAAGGCUGCACCCCAGCCCGCACCCCACCCCGCUCUGGCCGCGACCAACCAACGCAGCCGAGCCACUCCUGUUGCUGGAGUGGACAGACAGCCUUGGCCGAGUUGCAAAACAUCUCUGAGCCUCAGUGUUCCCGCCUCUGAAGUGGGGGUAACUACACCCACCUCGGCUGAUGAUUCCAGGGGUAGGCCCUCCGGUGCUGCCGACCACAGAGGGGUGUUCGUGCUGUGGCCCUGGCUGUGGUAUAGUGAUUUCUGAGUCAGCUCCUGAGAACAGGACUUAACCUGGCUCACCCCCCACCCCCAUCCAUGACCUGGAUUCUGAGGUCGGGAAAUGUGCUCCCGCUCCGCAUUGUGGGGCCUGUGUAUCAAGUGCAGAGAUAAGCUCUCCGUCAACAAAGAACACUUUCACAUUAAGAGGUUCUGGACUACGGGGCGCCAAGGGCAGCUGGGCCUGAGCCCCCAGGUCCCAAAGGUGGGGACAUGGUCACCAAGGAGCCUAUCAGCUGCUCUCCUGUCACUGCUUUGUUAACUCAACGACCACUGUCCUCACAAGGGGCUACCGGCAGAAAUUAGGGGUCCCUCAGAGUCCAAGGCUCAGUGCUUUUAACACCCACUGUGGCACUGUCAGCCCCUGAGGGGAGCUGGGUGAUGGGAAUAGGUGGGGAGCCCCUCUGGCAUCGGCCACUGUUUGCCACCAGGACAGUGGGGAGAUCUGGGAAAGUGCUUCGUGCCCCACUGCCCAGACAUCGUGCAGACAUAAUGCAACCAGAGGCUUAGCCUCUACUUGUCUGAGAUCUCGGGGACCCUCUCCCCCCCAUGCAGCUGGCUGUCUCUGUGGCUCUUUGCCCACCGAUACCCUCCCCUGAAGAGGCAUGGACACCCGGCCCUGCCCCAUCCCGGAAUUCCAAAGGCCACAGAAAGCUACUUGGCUCCCUGCCUCCGGCGUCCAGCCUUGGGCCUUCCCCCAGAGAGCCUCCGCGGGCUGUCCUGAGGGCUGGGGCAAGAGAGCUGGGAGCUCUGGCUUGGCUCGCCCACCUUUCACUGGGCCCUGUCCUUGCAGGUGCGGCUUCAGGUCCAGAGCCUGGAGAAGCCUCAGUACCGAGGGACCUUGCACUGCUUCCAGUCAAUCAUCAAGCAGGAGAGCGUGCUGGGCCUGUACAAGGGCCUGGGCUCGCCCCUCAUGGGGCUCACCUUCAUCAACGCGCUGGUGUUCGGCGUGCAGGGCAACACCCUGCGGGCGCUGGGCCGCGACACGCCGCUGAACCAGUUCCUGGCCGGCGCGGCGGCGGGCGCCAUCCAGUGCGUCAUCUGCUGCCCCAUGGAGCUGGCCAAGACGCGGCUGCAGCUGCAGGACGCGGGGCCGGCGCGCACCUACCGCGGCUCGCUGGACUGCCUGGUGCAGAUCUACCGGCGCGAGGGCCUGCGCGGCGUCAACCGGGGCAUGGCGUCCACGCUGCUGCGCGAGACGCCCAGCUUCGGCGUCUACUUCCUCUCCUACGACGUGCUGACGCGCGCGCUCGGCUGCGAGCCCGGCGACCGGCUGCUGGUGCCCAAGCUGCUGCUGGCGGGCGGCACGUCGGGCACCCUCUCCUGGCUGUCCACCUACCCCGUGGACGUGGUCAAGUCGCGGCUGCAGGCCGACGGGCUGCGGGGCGCCCCGCGCUACGGCGGCUUCGUGGACUGCGUGCGCCAGAGCUACCGCGCCGAGGGCUGGCGCGUGUUCACGCGCGGGCUGGCCUCCACGCUGCUGCGCGCCUUCCCCGUCAACGCCGCCACCUUUGCCACCGUCACCGUGGUGCUCACGUACGCGCGCGGCCCCGAGGCCCGGCCCGACGGCGAGGCCGUGCCCGCCGCCGCGUCGGGGCCCGGCCUGGCCCAGCCCUCCAGCCUGUGAGGCCGGCGCCCGGGCGCCGCGGGCUCCGGACGCCAGCGGGCCUGGGCUGCCUUCCACGCACCGGCUGGUGGGGGGGGGGCGUGGGG